CUAGUACUUCUAGUACGAUACAGUGUGUUCGAAAUGCAUUCCUGCCUGCCGCAUAUUUGAUCUUGCUGGGAGGCUUCUUGUUUUGUUUCUUGCGGUUGCGCUCGGACCUCCAUUGUUGUCAACAGUACUUUAGCGGGUUCCCGCCCCUAUUUAUUCUACCAUGGUGUCAGUAAAAYCCCCUACAUCGUUCUUCGUUACGACGGCUUUGGCCGUCGCAACGGUGGCUCUUGCGUUAUACACAGAACGGAGKCUUCGGCGGCGGCGCAAGAGCAAAGACGACGGCGAUGCCGAGGAAACGAAACCCAACCUGGACUUCAGGGAGGGCUCGGAGGAAGCCUUGGUCAACGAACGAUUCCAGGCCUGCGUUAAGGCGAUGGGGCCCCAGCUGUCUGGGUUGCCGCAGCCAACGCAGCUGGACUACUACGGCUUGUACAAACAGGGAACCCUUGGAGACUGCCGGGAAUACCGACCGGAGCCCCCGCCCUCCUACGACCURGUGGGCAYGGCAAAGUACAAGGCCUGGGCCCGCCUCGCGGGCAUGGACCGAAUGACCGCCAUGCAGACCUACAUCGAAAAGGCGCUGCACUUUGAAUUCGUGAGGAGCAUCGGAAGCAGCAGCACCGASGACGAGAACUACGAGCUAGAGGGAGACGCCGCGAUCGAUGUGAUGGGCCUGGGAGACAAACCGAGCACCCUGGUSAACGACUACGACAAGGAGGCUAUGGCCCUGGAGGAUUCCCGGUACCCGAUCCACGCCGCCGCGAGGGAGGGGGACCUGGACGGGCUGAACAAAUGCCUGGCGGAGGCUUCCGGUGGACCGGGAGACGAGCCCACGUCUUCUUCUUCUUCGUCGUCGUCGUCGUCUCCGACCAACGCGCUGGACACGUCCGGGCAGACGCCCCUCCACCUGGCUACCGACCGGGGGCACAUCGACUGCGUCAAGGCCCUGAUCCUGGCCGGGGCACACAUCAACGCGGUGGACCACGACGGGAUCAGCAUACUGCAAACCGCCGUGAUCGGGGGCGACGUGGAGUGCUGCCGGUUGCUCCUGGCGCUGGGCGCCGAUCCCGACCACGCSGACCACGACGGGGACACCCCCCGGAGCUCGGCACAGGACGAUGCUUCGCUGAAGGAACUCUUUCGAUCCUGUGACGAGAACACCCUGACGCCGAACGACCUGUCGGACCAGUCGUUCGUCGAGGAAUUUCAGAAACUAAAAGGCCCCGCCGUGGCCGAGGAUCCCGAAGACAAGAACAAUUCUGAGGAGCCGCCRAAGCAGACAGAAAGAGAGGAGACGCUGGACGUAAAGAACGACAUGAAGGCCUUGGACGAGCAAAUCACUGUCGACUUCGACGACGACGGUGACAUGUUUUGAUCGGAUGGAAAGGAAAUACACUCAGAUUAAAAUAAUUAAAUAUGCUGACA